UCUAUAUCAUAUCCACUCAAGCCUGCAGCCAUGGGUCGGGUAACAAUCCUGCAGCUGGGGGUUCUGUUGGCGUUCCUGUCUGGAACCUGUUUAGCAGCUCCACUGGGCAAGGAGUUUAUUACGGUGUUUAUGCAAAACUACCAGUUAUCUUACAGCAAUGCAAAAUUCCAACUUUUUAUUACUGGCUAUGAACCCUCUACUUCUGUAACUAUCUGGAUGAACAAGUCUGCCUUCAAAAGAGUCUUAUCAGUAAAUGAGCGUUCCACCCUCACGGUUCAGAUACCUUCAGGAGCAGAGCUGCCGGGAACAAGCAAAUCCUGCAAUGUGAUCAUCAUUACGGCUGACAAGCCCAUCUCAGUGCUCUCAAUGAAUUUCAAGAUGCAAAGUGCUGAUACCAGUAUCGUACACCCAGUGCAAGAGCUGGGAACUGAGUACUAUGUGGUGACCCCUCUAGACGGUCCCCCUGAUGGAUUCAAGGAAUUCACAGUAGUUAGCAAUGACCAGCCCACCAAUGUUGAUGUUUUCCUGAAAGGACAAGUUACCUUCCAAGAAAAGCUCUAUCCUGCUGGAAGUAAGCUCAGUGUCAUGCUCGAACCCUAUAGCGCACUUCAGCUCCUAAGCAAAGAUGAUCUAUCAGGAAGCAAAGUGGUGUCUCAGAAACCUGUGGCUGUUUUGAGUGGUCACACCUGCACAUGGAAAAACACCAAAUGUAACCACGUCUAUGAGCAACUUCCGCCAGUCAACAGAUGGGGAAAAUCCUUCAUUGUGCCCCCUAUUACUUUCCAGACUAAGAGUGACAUUGUCUUUAUAGUUGCUUCUCAGAACACCAAGGUUGACUAUCUUGUUGAAUCAAAGCAGUCGUCUCAGAAUUUAGCUGAGGGCCAAGUGAUACAGUUGGAGGUUCCACCUCAAACGGUCAUUUCUAUCACAGCUAGUGUUGGAAUUCAAGUAAUUUACUUCUGUACUGGGUGGACAGACAGAACAGGAAUGCAAUAUGAUCCUAUCCUGAUGACUAUUCCUGCAACAACUUGUUAUUGUUCAUCAUACUAUGUAUACGGUCAACAAGAUUUUGACAACUAUGGCACUUUGGUUGCUAAGACUUCAGACAUCUCUAAGGUGACCUAUAACAAAGUUCCCAUUCAGGGCUUGACAUGGAAGAACAUACCUGGCACUGACUAUUCCUGGACAACUCAAACAUAUGGAAAAGGUUACACUUUCCAACUUGUGGAGAAUCCAUCUACACCCUUCAUGGUUCUGUCUUACGGACUCACUAAACUCAACAGUUAUGGAUCUCCAGCUAUGUGCAUCAAUAAUGUUCCUGUGGUGUCUUGUGAAACCACAAAAUGUAGAUCUAAGGAAAAGUGCCAAAUAACCAAUGGGAAACCAGUUUGUGUUCCAACCUCUGAGGCUUUCUGUUGGGCACUUGGAGACCCACAUUACCGCACUUUCGAUGGGCGCUUUUAUGACUUCCAGGGCACUUGCAGUUAUACCAUUGCGAAGACCUGUGGAAGCGACAGCAGUCUCCCGGCUUUUAAUAUCGAAGCCAAGAAUGAGAAUCGAGGCAACACCCGAGUUGCUUAUGUCAGCUUUGUAACUGUACAAGUGUACGGAUUCACCAUUUCUUUAGUGAGAUAUGAACAUGGUUUUGUUAGGGUGAAUGACCAGCGUCAGCAUCUUCCCAUGAAUCUAAAUGAUGGCCAGGUUAGGUUGUACCAGUCUGGAGCUUUCCUUGUCAUUGAAACAGAUUUUAGCCUGAAAGUUUAUUAUGAUUGGAACUCCAUCCUCAAAGUGUUCAUUUCCAGCAGCUUCUUUGAAAGCGUUUGCGGUAUGUGUGGUAAUUAUAACGGAAACCCUGGUGAUGACUUGGCCACUCCAGCAGGUUCACAAGCUCCAAACCUCGUUGACUUUGGCAAAAGCUGGAAAGUAGAGGACGGAGACAGGUUUUGCUGGCACAAUUGCAAUGGAGAGUGUAAGACUUGUUCACUCGAUCUCCAGAAACAAUAUGCAAAUGAGCAGACCUGCGGCCUUAUUUCCAAGGUUGAUGGUCCCUUCCGUCAGUGCUUUGCCUCCAUUGACCCCAAAAUCUACGUGGACAACUGUGUAUAUGACUUAUGCAUGAAUGGUGGUUCCAAGCAGAUCCUGUGCCAGAGUAUAAAAAGCUAUGCUGAUGCUUGCCAGAGGAACAAAAUUCAAAUUGCAGAAUGGAGGCAACCCUCUGGAUGCCCCAUGCAGUGCCCUGACAACAGCCAGUACAAGUUGUGUAGUCAAGGUUGUCCUGCCACCUGUAAUGAUGAUGCAACACCAGCAACUUGUUCUGAGUCUUGCGUGGAAGGCUGUGAGUGUAAGGAUGGGUAUGUUCUGGAUGAAGGUAAAUGCAUCCCCAAAUCAAGCUGUGGUUGCAUCUAUCAGGGAAAACUGUACGCCGUCAAUGAAAAGUUCUGGGCAGACAACAAAUGUGAAAAUCAAUGCACUUGCAACCCCUCUACCAGAAAAGUUGAAUGCAAAAUCAACCGUUGUAAGUCUUCUGAGAAGUGUGGAGUGGUCAAUGGGAUUCAGAACUGUUAUCCAAUUAGCUACGGUUCUUGCGUAGCUUCUGGAGAUCCCCAUUACAUUACCUUUGAUGGGGUCAGGUAUGAUUUCCAGGGUACAUGCAUCUAUCAAUUCGCAGGACUCUGCAAGAAGACAGAAGGUCUGGUGGACUUCACGGUCAAUGUUCAAAAUGAAAACAGAGGCAGCAAAGUGGUAGCUUACACAACAACAGUGAAUGUGACGCUCUGUGACCUCGAAAUUGGGAUCACCAGGCAGUACAAAGACCGAAUUCUGCUGAAUGGAGUACUAACGAACCUGCCAUACAUUGUUGACAAUGGCAAGCUGUCAAUUUAUAAGCAGGGCUUUAAUGCCAUCCUUCAGACCAGCUUUGGUUUACGAGUCACCUUCAACUGGGACAGCCGUGUUGAAGUUAAGAUUCCUAGUACUUACGCAGGUGCGGUGUGUGGUCUUUGCGGCAAUUAUGAUGGUGACAAAAACAAUGAUUUCACAAUGAAGAACAACCAAAUUGCCACCAAGCCAGUUCUAUUUGGAAACAGCUGGAAGGUUCAAAAUGUGCCUGGUUGUUAUGAAGAUGAUAAGGGAGAUUGUUCAAACCUAGCAGAACUGGAACUCCGUCACCGAGCCAGCAAGGAGAGCUGUGGCAUUCUGGUAGAUAAGAGUGGACCUUUCCGUGAGUGUCAUGCCAAGAUAGACCCACAAGGCGCAUUCAAAGACUGUGUGUAUGAUUCCUGCUUCUACAGUGGACGCCAAGAUAUUCUGUGCAAGGUCAUAGCCAGUUAUGCAACUUCUUGCCAACAAGCUGGAGUUACCAUUGACCCCUGGAGAUCUGCAAAAUUCUGCAGCCCUGCAUGUGCUAAGAACAGCCAUUAUGAAGUAUGUGCAACUGGCUGUGCCCCAACAUGUCUUACUCUAGCCCCUCCAAUGGGAUGCAGUGCUGAAUGCAAAGAGGGCUGUGAUUGCGAUGAUGGAUUUAUUCUCAGUGGUGGAGAUUGUGUCCCAAUUUCCCAGUGUGGCUGCAACUACAAUGGUCAAUACUACAAAUCCGGUGAAGUUUUCUACCCCAAUGGAAAGUGCAGCCAGCAGUGCUCAUGUACCAAAAGUGGGAUAGUUGAGUGCAAAGCUUUCUCCUGUGGUCCCAACGAAGUGUGCAAAGUGGCCGAUGGAAUCCAGAAAUGCCAACCAGUUGGUUUUGGCACCUGCUCUGCUGCUGGAGACCCACACUAUAUGUCCUUUGAUGGCCUCGCAUUUGAUUUCCAAGGCACUUGCACAUACACACUCACCAAGAGCAUUACAAGCAAUGCCAAUUUGGUUCCUUUUGCCGUUAAUGUUAAAAAUGAAAAAUGGGGCAAUACAAAAGUGGCUAUGACCAAGUUAGUGUCCCUGGAAGUCUAUGGAUACACCCUUAUCCUUCAGUUUAAUAUGCAAGGUCGCAUUUUGGUGAAUGAUGUGCUCUACAAUAUGCCACUGACACUGGAGGAUGGAAAGAUUCGGGCUUACCAGCAUGGCAUAAGGUCAAUCUUAGAAACAGAUUUUGGUGUUAAAGUUAGCUAUGAUCUAGUUUACCACGUCAUAGUUACCGUCCCCGGAAACUACAAAGGCCAACUGGGUGGCAUUUGCGGUAAUUUCAAUGAUGAUCGAAAAGACGAAUUCCAACUUCCUGACAAGAAGCUGACGACUGAUGCUACUGCAUUCGGAUCAUCUUGGAAAGUCCAGAUCCCUGGGGUGUCUUGUGAUGAAGGAUGUGGUGGAAAUGGCAAUCCAUGUCCUGCUUGUGAUGCUAAGAAAAAAGAAAUAUUCCAAACAGAUAAUUACUGUGGUUUCCUGAAGAAGAAGGAUGGUCCUCUGAGUGCAUGCUAUGCAACCAUCAACCCUGACUCCUACUUCAAUAAUUGCUUGUUUGAUCUUUGUGCUGGUGUUGGAGAUGGAAAUAUCCUGUGUCACAGUAUCCAGAGCUAUGUCGCUGCAUGUCAAGCGGCCGGGGUUACCAUCCAACCGUGGAGAACAGAAGCCUUCUGCCCACUAAGCUGCCCGGCCAAAAGCAAAUACAAGGUGUGUGCAGAUGUCUGCUCAACAACUUGUGCUGGAGUUACAGACUUCACCAAAUGCCCAGAUACCUGUUCUGAAGGCUGUGAGUGUGAUGAUGGCUACUUCUUUGAUGGAAAGAAUUGCAUAUCGAUGGACAACUGUGGCUGCUUUGAAAACGGCAGAUAUUAUAAUCUAAAUGAAAGAGUCGUAUCAAGCGACUGCAGUGAAGCCUGUACUUGCAGCCCAAUGGGAGGUCUCAUCUGUGAAAAAAUUGGGUGCACAAGUGAUGAAAUCUGCAAGGUCACAGACGGCAUUGUAAAAUGUAUCAACAAAGACCCCUGCAAAUCCAUGAAAUGUAGAACCAAGGAGACUUGUAAGAUUCAAGAUGGAAACGCAGUCUGUGUCCCUGACUAUACUGGCACCUGCUGGGCAUGGGGUGACCCACAUUAUCACACGUUCGACGGCUAUAACUUUGACUUCCAGGGCACUUGCACCUACAUUCUUUCUAAAUACCUUGGUAAUGAUCCAGGACUGGUGCCAUUCACAAUUGAGGAGAAGAAUGAUAACAGAGGAAGCCAGUCAGUGGCUUACGUCAGAACUGUCAAUAUCUACAUGUACGACUACAAGGUUUCCAUACUGAAGGGUGAAUUUGGCAGAGUUAGGAUCAAUGAUGUCAUCACUAAUCUACCAGUGGUACUACUCGAUGGAAAGAUUUCUAUUAGUAUAAGUGGUCCCAAUGCUGUGGUGAAGACAGAUUUUGGCCUUCAAGUAACAUAUGAAUACAACUGGCAUGUGGUGGUCACUUUAUCUAGUAGCUAUUACGGAGCAACUGGUGGCCUCUGUGGAAACUUCAACCAGAAUAUCAAUGAUGAAAUGAUUACAGCAGAUGGUAACAAAAUUACAGCAAUCGUAGACUGGGCCAAAGCCUGGAAGGUCAAUGACAGAGAUCCCUUCUGUUGGGACUUCUGCAGAGGAAACUGCCCAACUUGCGAUGACAACAAGAAGAGCACAUACGGUGGUGAACAAUUCUGUGGUCUCAUCAGUAAAGCAGCCAAUGGGCCAUUUAGGGAAUGCCACCCCAAAGUUAACCCAGACACUUUCUUCGACAACUGUCUUUAUGAUGUUUGCAUUAAUGGUGGAGCAAAACAAUUCCUGUGCCAGGCUCUUAAUGCCUAUGCCAAUACUUGCAGAAAACAAGGUGUUAAGAUUUAUGACUGGAGGACACCAUCUGGAUGUGUGUUGCCAUGUCCUGAAAACAGUCACUAUGAAUUCUGUGGGAACGCUUGCCCAGCCAACUGCUUGGAUCGCACUGCCCCAUCACGCUGCACUGAUGCCUGUGUGGAGACCUGCCAGUGUAACGAUGGCUUUGUCCUCAGUGUUGACAAAUGUGUUCCUGUUAAAAGCUGUGGUUGCAAUUAUAAUGGUGGUUACUACAAAGCUGAUGAAGAAUUUUGGUCUGAUGAUAAUUGUCGUGUCCUCUGCAAAUGUGAUGCAACCUUGGGUAUGGUGGUCUGCAAGCCAACAAGCUGCAAAGCAAGUGAAAGGUGUCUUCUUAUUAACGGAGUACGAGGAUGUCAUCCAAUCAGCUUCUCCACUUGCUCAGCUUAUGGCGACCCUCACUACACAACAUUUGAUGGCAGAAGUUUUGACUUCAUGGGCACCUGCAUCUAUCAGUUAGUAGGAGUGACCUCCAGUGAUUCCUCUCUCACUCGCUUCAGUGUUAAGGUCCAAAACAAUAACAGAGGCAACAAAGCAGUAUCAUAUACCAAGGUGGUCACUGUAGAGCUUUAUGAUAUGGUACUGACCCUCAGUAUGGACUUCCCACGUCGUAUUCUGGUUGAUGGUGUUGUCACUGCAUUACCAUUUUAUUAUGAAACGGAUAAAAUCAGUGCAUAUAUCAGUGGCAGCCAGGGCAUUAUUAAGACAGACUUUGAUGUCACAGUAAUCUACGAUUGGAAUAGCUACGUAGCUGUGACAGUUCCCAGCACUUACGCUAAUGCUGUUAAUGGUUUGUGCGGCAAUAACAACAAAAACUCCAAUGAUGAUUUCACCAUGAAGAACGGAAAUGCAGCAGGCAAUGCAGUGCAGUUUGGUGAUAGCUGGAAAGUUGGUGAGGUCCCUGGUUGCACUCCAGAGUGUACAUCAAAUUGCCCUCUGUGUUCUGAAGCUCAAAAACAAGAUUACAAGAAUGAAAAAUACUGUGGAAUCAUCACAAAGGCCAACGGUCCAUUCAGUCAAUGUAUGUCUGUCAUUGACCCAACACAAUUCUUUAACGAUUGUGUUUUUGAUGCUUGUCAAUACCGUGGACAUCCAACAUCAUAUUGCAAUGCCAUCAGCCUCUAUGUAUCUGCCUGCCAGAAUGCUGGGGUACAAAUACAAGAAUGGAGAUCUGUAACUUUCUGCGCUCCAUCAUGUCCCAUGAACAGCCACUAUGAACUCUGCGGAGAUGGGUGCCCUGUUACCUGCAGUGGUCUUGCCUCAGCCACUGGCUGCAACGCACCCUGCAAGGAAUCAUGUUACUGUGACAAUGGCUUUAUUCUGAGUGGUCAUAAAUGUGUCCCAAUUGCCAGCUGUGGCUGUGUCUACCAAAACAAAUAUUAUCAGAGCAAUGAAGUAUUCUAUCCCAAUGGUCAGUGCAGUGAGAAGUGCCAGUGUGGAGCCAAUGGUGUUGUCAACUGUCAGGCUGACAAAUGUGGACCCAAUGAAGAAUGCACAGUGGUCAAUGGAAUUCGUGGCUGUCAACCCAAAGAAUGUGGUAGAUGUGUUGCUCAUGGAGAUCCACACUAUAUUUCCUUUGAUGGCCUUGCCUUUGAUUUCCAAGGCACUUGCACCUACACAUUGGCAAAGGUGGUGGAUGAUGACUCCAGACUUGUCAAAUUUUCAGUGGGAGUUGAAAAUGAAAGCUAUGGCAAUGGUAAUGUUGCGGUAACAAGGCUGGUGGUGGUCUCUGUAUAUGGAUACACAAUAGCCAUUGAAAGAGGCAUGAGGUGGAAUGCAAAGGUUGAUGGAGAGAUACUCAAGCUACCCUUAAGCCUUAAUGAUGACAGUGUUGUGAUAAACCAAGAAGGGAAUAAUAUUGUGAUCCAGACAGAUUUUGGCUUGAAAGUUCUUUAUGACUCCGUCUAUCACGUUAUUGUAAAUGUACCCAGCUCAUACAGAGGGAAAAUGGGAGGCCUGUGUGGCAAUUUCAACGGAGAUAAAAACGAUGAAUUCCAGCUUCCUAACAAGCAAGUCGUCAGAAAUGUCAAUCAGUUUGGUGCAGCCUGGAAAGUUAGCAUUGCUGGUGCAAAAUGUAAUGAUGACUGUGGUGACAAGUGUUUUGUGUGUGACCCCACCAAACUUCAACCUUUCAAGGGCACAUCAUCCUGUGGCAUGAUCACUAAUCCAUCAGGUCCAUUUAGAGCCUGCCACUCUAAAGUUAGCCCAACAGAAUACUUUGACCACUGCACCUAUGACUCAUGUGCCGCAGAAGGAAAGGAUGAUAUCCUCUGCAAAAGUCUUCAAGCCUACACUGCUGUUUGCCAAACCUUGGGUGUCACCAUUGAGCCUUGGAGAACUGCUUCUUUCUGCCCUAUGUCUUGCCCAGCAAAUAGUCAUUUUGAACUUUGCACCAGAACUUGUGAUCAAACCUGCACGGGUAUUAGUUCACCAACUAAGUGCACAUCACGAUGCUUUGAAGGGUGUGAGUGCAACACUGGUUUUGUGUUUGAUGGAGAAAAAUGUGUCACUAUGGACAAGUGUGGCUGCAACUUCAAUGGAAGAUACCUGAGUGAUGGUGAGUUCUUUGUUACCGGCGAUUGCCGCCAAAGAUGUAAGUGUCAAGCAGGUGGAGUCAUCUGUGAAAAUAUAGGAUGUCGUGCCAAGGAACGUUGUGGACUCAAAAAUGGAGUGAGAGGCUGCUACAAGGAGGAAGGAGAAUGUUCCUUAAACCCCCAGAAUCUUGUGACUUUUGAUGGCCUGUCUGGAGGACCUGUUGGAAAUGGCCCUAUAGAGGUGGCUUCCGUUUGCAAUGUUGAUGUGGCUUCAUGGUUCAGAGUCCUUGCAGACAUCCAGAGUUGUGGAAAAGGAGUUACUAGACUCCAUAUUUUCAUUCAAAAUUCACUGGUCACCAUUUCUAAGGAUAAAGAAGUGUGGGUUAAUGGACGGUCAUCAUCGCUGCCAGCUCGGCUCUCUGGUUUAGAUGUCAGCGUCGUCGAGAGGACCACUUUAGUUCAGAUUGGCACUGACCUAAAGAUAGAGCUGAGUGACAGUGGAGAAUUAAAACUCCGCGUUGCUGAGGGAUUGGCCGGCGCUCUAUGCGGAGCAUGCGGCAACUUCAAUGAUGUAAGCGCCGAUGAUCUUGUCGCUCCUGGUGGAAAAGUAGUGACAAACAUUGUACAGCUUAUUACAUCAUGGACAGCCCGGGACUUCAGCAGCUGCAAUGCCUAAACAAGAGAAAAUCAGAAGACCACAUCUGUGUUCCCUUCUAUUCAACUACACAUCAACCUAAACACCCCCUAUUAUACAUGACAGACUGGCUGAGUUCUCCUUCUCUUCUACAAUAUCUCUUAAAAAGACUGAUUUAUAAAGUUAUAGAGACUACAAUCACAAUGGUCUAUAAAAGUUGUUGCUGCAAGAAUGUAAAGUCUACGUGGUACAACACUCCAGUCUUAGCGUUCAGUGGUAAUGUGGAGUCCUAUUGACAAUGCUUCAUUUAACCCGAUAACUGGGCUAAAUUGUUUGUUACGUUCUUGACAAAGUCUCUAAAAAUGAACUCAUUAUAAAAAGUCAACGUUUGCUUUGUUGCUUGACUGUAUGAUCAUUUGACCAGGAACCAUAAAUAAAUAACUUUGCAAUUC